CCGUUUGUAGAUGCCCAUUGAAGUUGAUAUAGAAACGGGUAACAUUAGUAGACCCCCCCGUUUCGUCUCUGUAUUCAUAAAGUAGUCUGGCUGAGUUGAAAGUCGCUCCUCAAUUGGAAGAAUGUUUCGGCUCCCACGGAAAUCGCUUUAAUAAUUUUAAAGGAACACGGAGUCUGACGUCCGAGGAACUGAGGCGAGUUAGAUGCAUUUCUGGGAUCACUGUCACAAGCCGUUUCAUUUGAAAGACUAGGGUAUAUUUUAAGAGAUACCAGUUCUGACAAGCCAUAACAAGCCAUAAAACACUUGUUUUACGGAUAACAUAAAGCUACAGUGUUUCACAACUUCUCCAGAGCAGAAUGCCUGUGAAAGGAAUCGGGAAAGUGGCUGCGUAUCCAAGCAAAGGCGAACACGUCGGAAGCUCAGGAAUGGAGGAGACUGUUUGGGAGCAGCACACUGUGAACCUACAAAGGGACUCCAAGAUGGGGUUUGGUAUUGCCGUGUCGGGGGGACGGGACAACCCCAACGUGGAUAACGGAGAGAUGUCAAUCAUCGUGUCAGACGUCCUACAGGGUGGACCAGCUGACGGACUCCUGUUUGAGAAAGAUCGUGUGAUCCAGGUCAACUCCAUCCUCAUGGACAACGUGCCUCAUUCUUUCGCUGUGCAGCAGUUACGCAAAUGUGGGAAGACCGCCAAGAUAACGGUGAAGAGACCUCGGAAGGUGGCUCUCCACUCCCUGAAGCCCCCCCCGUCCCCCGGCGGCAAGAGUCGAGACUUCGGCACCACCCGUUACUACGAUGCCGAUGACAACCAGAGUGACGGGGGCUGGCAACGUGGCAACGGUGGGCCCGGUUACACCCACGAGCCUCAUGACCUCACCCCCGACAACAAGAACUACCUGGACCCCGACUACGGCGGCCGCGGUAAUCGGGGGAGGAGCCGAGGGAGGAGCCAGGAGAGGGCAUCGCCGAGCCCCGAGCAUCGCCGUGACAACAGCAAGGGGCGGGCCUUGGACCGGGAGCCGCCCAGUCCCGAGAGGCUGCGGUAUCCACGGGAACGUAGCCGGGGGAGGAGCACGGACCGGGAGAGGGGAGGAGGGAGUCCAGGUGGGAGGAGCUACGGCCGGGGGGACAGCUACGAGCGUGGAGGGGGGAGGUACGGGGAUGUGGGAGGUACUGGAGGGAGGAUGGUGAAGAGUAAGAGUAGAGACCAACUCCAGGAGCCUUCCUCCCCGGACCUCCCAAGAGGAGGAGGAGGAGGAGCUAGAGACCUGGAGCCCCUGGAGAAACCUGUUAAUGUCCUGCUGGUCAAGAACAGACCCAACGAAGAGUACGGUCUGCGUCUGGGCAGUCAGAUCUUCAUCAAGGAGAUGACCAGUACAGGACUGGCUACCAAGGACGGAAACUUACAGGAGGGAGACAUCAUUCUCAAGAUCAACGGGACAGUAACAGAGAACCUGUCUCUGAACGAUGCAGGGAAGCUGAUUGAGAAGUCUAGAGGAAAACUCCAGCUGGUCAUCCAAAGAGACCGGAGACAGAUCCUCAUCCGUAUCCCGUCCCUCGUCGACUCUGACUCCGAACCUGACGAUAUUUCAGAGAUGGAGUCCUACCAUUCCUACUCUCCCCAGGAGGACAGGAGAUCUCGCCAGUCUGACCUCUCCUCCCAUUCCUCUAAUGAGAGAGACUACCCCAGACCUCUAACCAGCCUGGAAGACUCUCCAAGGGUAGCCAAGAUGUCUGCCAUGGCCUCACCUUUCAGGGUUCCCCCUCUACAGGACCCCCCCGCCCCGGACCCUGCCAACCUGGAAUCAGAGGGUGCGCCACGCCUCGACGAGCCACCAGCGUCAGCAAAGACCACUCCUAAGAUUCUGCUUCGCCCCAGCCCAGAGGAUGAAGAGCUCUACGGGGCUAACACGGUGAUGGUGAGUUUCCAGAAGGGGGACAGUGUGGGUCUGAGGCUGGCGGGGGGCAACGAUGUGGGCAUCUUCAUCGCUGGCAUCCAGGAGGGCAGUCCUGCCGAAGAGGAGGGCUUACGCACUGGAGACCAGAUCAUAAAGGUGAAUAAGGUAGAAUUCCGAGGCAUCGUGAGAGAGGAGGCUGUUCUCUGUCUGUUGGAGAUUCCUAAAGGAGAGGACGUCACCAUACUGGCCCAGAGUAAACUUGAUGUCUACAAUGACAUCCUGGUGUCUGGUCGUGGGGACUCCUUCUUUAUCAGGACUCAUUUUGAGUAUGAGCGGGAGGCUCCCCAGAGCCUGGCUUUCUCCAGAGGGGAGAUCUUUAAGGUGGUGGACACUCUCUACGACGGCAAGCUGGGCAACUGGCUGGCCAUUCGCACCGGCAAGGACAAACAGCUGCUAGAGAAGGGCAUCAUCCCCAACAAGAGCAGGGCUGACCAGAUGGCGAGUGUCCAGAACUCCCAGAAGGCCGCUGGGACGGACCGGGCUGACUUCUGGCGUCUGCGGGGCCAAAGGGCAGCCAAGAGAAAGGAGCUGAGGAAGAGCAGAGAGGACGUCAGUGCUACGCCCGUCGCCACACGCUUCCCCGCGUACGAGAGAGUCGUGCUCCGAGAGGCUGGUUUCAGACGUCCCGUGGUUCUGUUUGGACCUAUAGCUGAUGCAGCCAACGACAAGCUUGCUAACGAGCUGCCUGACCUGUUCAUCAUCGCAAAAACGGAGCCUAAAGAUGCCGGUUCAGAGAAAUCCUCAGGAGUAGUGAGACUCAACACCAUCCGCCAGAUCAUCGAGCAGGACAAGCAUGCCCUGCUGGAUGUGACUCCCAAGGCGGUGGACACACUGAACUACAGCCAGUGGUACCCCAUCGUCAUCUUCUUCAACCCAGACAGUAAACCAGGGGUUAAGGCCAUGAGGCAGAGGGUGAUCCCUGGAUCCAACCGCUCGGCACGCAAACUAUACGAACAAGCUGUCAAACUGAGGAAGACCUGUUCUCACCUCUUCUCUGCUACUAUUGAGGUGAACUCUGUCAACGAUGCGUGGUACGGCAGUGUCAAGGACUCUAUCAGAGAGCAGCAGACUCAGGCUGUCUGGGUGUCUGAGGGGAAGCUGGACGGCACGGGGACAGACCUUGAUCUCCAUGACGACCGCAUGUCCUACCUGUCAGCCAUGUCGGCCGACUACCUGAGCAUGGACAGCCGACUGGCCAGUGACUACGAUGACACGGCAGACGAGGGCGGGGCUUAUACGGAUAACGAGCUGGACAAUGAACCGGCCGAUCAACUGCCGGUGUCGGCUAUCAGCCGCUCCUCUGAGCCCGUGCUUGCAGAGGAGAUACUGCGCAGGUGCAGUCCAGAUAUCCGUGGUGGCAUCAGGAGGGUGGGCAGCAGGGAGGUGCUCAGCAGCGCCAGCCCAGCGCACGUGUUUGUACCUGACCCCCCCAAGGUGAAGCUGUUGUUCAGGGAUGAAGUAGUCCCUCCCAGGGGGGUAGUAGGGGCGUACGACCCCCCCUCCAGCCGUGGCUACGACUCCCACUCCUCCAGCCCUGCCAGCAAUGACCCCCCUCCUCUCCUUCGCUCCCUCAACUCCUUCGGCAAGGCCAAGCCCCUGGCACUGCAGCCCCACGUCACCCUCAAACCCUCCUAUAAUAUCCAGGACACCACCAGCAGCACAGCCCCAGUCACAGUGGGCCCAGAGGAACCAGAGGAGAACCCUGAGGAUCCCAGCCUCAGGUCGUUCCUGGGGAAGGUCAAGGCCUUUGAGAAGAUGGACAACUUUGCACGCGCUCAGAGGAUGCUGGAGCUGCAGGAGGCACAGAACGCCAGGUUGGAGAUAGCUCAGAAGCACCCAGACAUCUAUGCUGUCCCCCUGAAGACCCAGAAACUGGACCACAGCCGGCCUCAGCCUAUAGGUUCCAGCUCGCAUCCUGAGCCCCAGACCCCUCCCUCCAAGCUACCGUACUCUGAGAGUCGUGGGUUCUACCUCAGCGAUGAGGAGGAAGAGUACCGACGCCAGCUGGCUGAACACACCAAGAGAGGCUACUACCAGGUCAACAACCAGAAAUACCAGGACACUGAACUGUAGACCACACCAUCAACCAGAAAUACCAGGACACUGAACUGUAGACUACACCCCUACAACCAGAAAUACCAGGACACUGAACUGUAGAAUACACCAUCAACCAGAAAUACCAGGACACUGAACUGUAGACUACACCCCUACAACCAGAAAUACCAGGACACUGAACUGUAGACUACACCACUACAACCAGAAAUACCAGGACACUGAACUGUAGACUACACCACUACAACCAGAAAUACCAGGACACUGAACUGUAGAAUACACCAUCAACCAGAAAUACCAGGACACUGAACUGUAGACUACACCCCUACAACCAGAAAUACCAGGACACUGAACUGUAGAAUACACCAUCAACCAGAAAUACCAGGACACUGAACUGUAGACUACACCCCUACAACCAGAAAUACCAGGACACUGAACUGUAGACCACACCCCUACAACCAGAAAUACCAGGACACUGAACUGUAGACUACACCACUACAACCAGAAAUACCAGGACACUGAACUGUAGAAUACACCAUCAACCAGAAAUACCAGGACACUGAACUGUAGACUACACCCCUACAACCAGAAAUACCAGGACACUGAACUGUAGACUACACCCCUACAACCAGAAAUUCCAGGACACUAAACUGUAGACUACACCCCUACAACCAGAAAUACCAGGACACUGAACUGUAGACUACACCAUCAACCAGAAAUACCAGGACACUAAACUGUAGACUACACCCCUACAACCAGAAAUACCAGGACACUGAACUGUAGACUACACCCCUACAACCAGAAAUUCCAGGACACUAAACUGUAGACUACACCCCUACAACCAGAAAUACCAGGACACUGAACUGUAGACUACACCAUCAACCAGAAAUACCAGGACACUAAACUGUAGACUACACCCCUACAACCAGAAAUAUUUUACCCCCUUUUUCUCCCCAAUGUUGAUCUUGUCUCAUCUGCAACUCCCCAACGGGCUCAGAGUCGAAGGUUGAGUCAUUAGUCCUCCGAAACAUGACCCGCCAAACCGCACCUCUUAACACCCACUCGCUUAACCCGGAAGCCGGCCGCACCAAUGUGUGGAAACACCGUUCACCUGACGACCAAGGUCAGCCUGCAGGUCCACCGGCCCGCAACAAGGAGUCGCUAGAGCCCCCACGACCAAACCCUCCUCUAACCCGGACGAUGCUGGGCCAAUUGUGCGCCGCCCUGUGGGACUCCCGAUCACGGCCAGUUGUGAUACAGCCCGGGAUCGAACCCAGGGCUGUAGGUACGCCUCUAGCACUGCGAUGCAGUGCCUUAGACCACUGCGCCUCUCAGGAGGCCAAAGUGUAACACUAUUAUGCAUCCUACCACCCUACCACACUUCCCUAUACAAAUCCUAGGACACUAAACUGUAGUGCCCCUCCUUUCCUGGACCCCCGACCACCUCUUACCACCCUAUAGUUCUAACACACCGGGCUGGUUGACAGAGACAGACACACACACACACACUGCUGAGCUCAGCGUGCACACACACACAAACACACUUACCAUUCCACUGGGGCUCCGCCCCGCUUGCCUGACCCUGCACCGAUCCGCUGCUGACUUGGAAGCCGUCCCGCUUUUAAGUUUUUCUUAAAAAACGCUUUUUUGCUUCAACGAAGUAAAUGGAUCUGUCCUCACAGUCUUUAUUAUUAUUAUUAUUAAUCCUAUUUCUUUCUAUUUGCUUGUUUGAUGGAGUUGUUUCAGACUGUUAUUUUGUUACACUGUUCUGUGCUGUUAUUGGGGUUGUGACAUGUUUCAUCAGGAGCCAUGUUAUUUCUUGCCUAUGCAACUCCUUCAGUUUGUACCACAGAGACAACUCAAACCUCUUGCCACGAGUCCCUCUCCUCACUCUGCCAGAACCUUAAACCUUAACAAGUGUUCCAAGCUGUGGCUUUUUCUCCUCCUCACUUUUUUUCUCUUUGUACUAUUAUCCAAUAUAACCAGCUGCCUCUAAACUAUUUUAAAAGGUCACCUACUGUAUAUUGUCAUGUCUAGUGUUUAUACUCCUAUCUUGGCAUUCCUUCCUAUAUGAUCAUGCGUCUGUGUAUACAUACAGUAUAUAUUAUCUCUCUCUCUCUUUCUUUAUAUAUAUAUAUAUAUAUAUAUAUAUAUAUAUAUAUUUGUGUGUAUAUAUAUAUAUUUAUAUAUGUGUAUAUAUAUGUAUGUGUAUAUAUAUAUAGAAAGAGAGAGAGAGCGCAAACGUAAGAUAUAUAUAUAUAUAUAUAUAUAUAUAUAUAUAUAUAUAUAUAUAUAUAUAUUUAGAGAGAGAGAGAUAUAUAAUACACUGGAAUUUGUUUAACGAUUUUUGGAAGUGCCUUUUACUUUCUGAUUAACAUGAGGUUUGGGGACGUCGGUGCCCCCCAGUCCCAGCCCAUGUCUCGUGUCCCCUGUCCCCUGUCCCUGUCCCCUGGACCCCACUACUCAGCUGCUCUCAAGCUUUUAUGGAAAACAGGGCACAAGAGACACAAAAACCUUAAUUCUGUCCCUACUGUACUGGCUAUCCAUCCGUCCCUCUGUCCCUUCCUCCACAACGACACCCUCUGUGACCAGUCCUGCCCUGUAUGUCUCCCAGAGAUAUGGCCACGAUGGGGGCAACAUUCAAUCAAAACCGCUUUCCAGGUUUCCUGGUUAAGAUCAUGAUAACAUUCCUCAAGCAUGUUUGGACAUUGACAUAAUGUUCACUGUGUCUUUCACAAGAGUAAGGUGCUAUUUGUCUUACCCAAAGAAACCUGAAGCACGGUUUUGAUUGAAUAGCACCCCAGAUCAGGGUGGCUCAGGGAGGAGGAGUGUGAUUGGUUGAUAUGCGUCAGUCGUUUCUGUGUUGGAGUCUGUUCCGUCCUGUAUGGUCUCAGCUCCACUGUCCAGGGGUUUCUACUUGUUAUUACAUGCUUGAUUGUAUCUCAGUUCACACUAUACAUCCACCAAUGGGGAGAGUGAGAGAGUGAGAGACUGGGAGAGAGAGAGAGAGAGAAAGAGAGAGUGAGAGAGUGGGUGAGAGAGAGAGAGAGAUCUGCCGUGGCGUUUCACCUUACAACACCAAAUAAAAUGAACAGUCUUUCACUGACCAAGUGGAGAAUGUCUGUCUUGUUUUUUUGAACUAAACAUUUGAAGCCUCUAUUGAUUGAAGCACUAAGAGCUUUUAAAGCGUGGAAUCAAAAAUGUUCUCAUCCACUUCCCCAUUCAUCAUCCAAUUAAAACCAAGAAUAAACCAGUUUGAAUAAGUUUCAA